CUCUCUAUCUCACUCUCUCACUUUCGAACCAAGGUUGCAAAUAUCACAAACCAAUCUCAUUCUCUGUCUCUUUCUAUACCAAUCUCACUCUCUGUUUCUCAGCAAUCUCAUUCUCUCGUUCUCACUAAUCACCUUAAACCAAACACAUUAUCUCGUUCUCACCGAUCACCUUAAACCAAACACUAUAACCAAAACCUUAAACCAAACACAUUCUCUCGUUCUCACCAAAAACCUUAAACCAAACACUAUAACUCGUUCUCACCAUUCCCAUUAAACCAAACACAUUCACUGCCAAAAAAAAAUUAACCAAUUCCUAAUCUCUCGUCCUCACCAAACAAAACUCAAAAAAUGGCAUCUUCUUCUAAUAACACAUUUGAUGGAUCAAUUGAUGAUACUUUUGAUCAACAAUUUGAUCAACAUUUUGAUCAACAAUUUGAUCAAUAUUUUGAUCAAACGUUUGAAAAUUUUCCCACCAAUCAUGGUAAUCAAGAAAGCGAGAAAAAAAAGAAGAAAAAAAGAAUUUAUAUCGAAAGGAAUCGUGAAGAAGGUGAUAGACGUUUGUGGGAUGAUUAUUUCAGCGAAACCCCAACAUAUCCUCAUAAUCUAUUCCGACGACGCUUUCGAAUGAACAAGGGAUUGUUCAUGCGUAUCGUUAAUCGACUCUCCAAUGAAGUUGAAUUCUUUCAACAAAAGAGAGAUGCUCUCGGCAGGCUUAGUCUCUCUCCACUUCAAAAGAGUACAGCAGCCAUUCGUGUUUUGGCAUAUGGUAAUGCGGCUGAUGGGGUCGACGAAUACCUCCGUCUCGGUGCAUCUACUACUCUCUCAUGUUUGGAAAAUUUUGUGGACGGAAUAAUUUCUUUAUUCAGCGAAGAGUACCUAAGAAGACCAACACCUGCCGAUCUUCAACGUCUACUUGAUAUUGGUGAGUACCGUGGCUUUCCCGGGAUGAUAGGAAGCAUUGAUUGUAUGCAUUGGGAAUGGAAGAAUUGUCCCACCGCUUGGAAAGGGCAAUAUUCUCGGGGUUCGGGCAAACCAACAAUUGUUUUAGAGGCGGUUGCUUCAUAUGAUCUCUGGAUAUGGCAUGCGUUUUUCGGACCGCCAGGUACGUUAAAUGAUAUCAAUGUUCUUGAUCGCUCACCUGUUUUUGAUGACGUAAUCCAAGGUCAAGCUCCGCAAGUGACAUACUAUGUCAAUGGAAGAGAGUAUCGUAUGGGUUACUAUCUCACCGAUGGUAUUUAUCCGAAAUGGUCAACAUUUAUCCAAUCAAUUCCAUUACCACAAAGUCCGCAAGCAGUUUUAUUUGCUCAACAACAAGAAGCUGCCCGAAAAGAUGUCGAGCGUGCUUUUGGAGUCCUGCAAGCUCGCUUUGCCAUUGUUAAAAAUCCAGCACUUUUUUGGGAUAAAGCUAAAAUUGGAAAGAUUAUGAGAGCUUGUAUCAUACUCCAUAAUAUGAUAGUAGAGGAUGAAAGAGAUGGAUACUCUCUAUUUAACGUUACAGAGUUCCAAGAAGCAGAAGAUAACGGGAGUUCACAUGUCGAUCUUUCGUAUUCUACAAAUAUGCCAUCAAAUAUCAGCAAUAUGAUGGAUGCUCGAAGAAGAAUUCGUGAUAGACAAUUGCAUCAACAAUUGAAAGAUGAUUUGGUUGAACAUAUAUGGCAAAAAUUCGGACAAAGCAACAACUAAGCUGUGAUGCUUCUCUCAAAUUAUCCCACUUUAUUUGAAUAAUGUUUGUUUCAUGUUUUAUUUACAAAUCAAUGUUUAAAAUGUUAUCUUUUAAUAUGUUUUGUUUAAUUUUUUUUUUUUAUAAAUAUUAAUUUUUAAUU